ACUUUUGCUACUCCUCUCCCAUCACCCUUCUGUCCACCUCGCAACGACGCCCUCGCCCUCGCUUGCCUUUGCCUUGCAGCUCUCCCUCUCACACAUCACACGCCUCGCAUCGGCCAGCACCUCCGUCGUGUCGCAUCGCACCCUCGCCUCCGCCCGCUCUCCUUGGCAAACGAUACGCAGCGUGCGGCUACGCGCGGCCCCUGUCUCUUUGCAGGCGCCGCAAGCGCGCUCAGGCCUCUUUCUCUCAGCCUGCGACUCAACGCAAGUACCGUCUCUUGCUCGUCUCGUCCUCGCCUCUUGAUAGAUGGCACUCGUGUCGCCGCCGCCCAGCGGCAGCGGCAGUGGCAGUGGCAGCAGCGCCAGUCGGCAUCACUCGCGCGCCUCUCUCUCGGCAGCAGCGAUCACCUCUCCUCUCCUGACACCUGCGUCGGCAUCCGGCGAAGCGCUGGGCGUCCCCUCAGGCUCCAGUCGAGCCAGCACGACUCCCGCCUCCGCACACGCGCCCUCGCCAGCUGUUGCCGCUGCGCAGGGCAGUCGGGCGCCCGCUGCGGAUGCGCGCAGCACACUGAUCGCAGCUAGUAUUGCUGGGCCGAGCUCGCCGCCGAGGACACGAAGCAGCGGCGAUGCUAGCUCUGCAGCAGCCGCGUCCGCCGCAUCAGCGCUCUUUCUCUCGCGCGGCUCUAUCUCCAACGGCAGCGGCGUUGGAGCGAGCAGCGCCUCAUCGUCGCGACCGGCACCAUCGCCACAGAGCGGCAUCUCUCCUUCGCGCUCUGCAUUCGCACUGGCGCUCGCUGCUUCGCCGGAAGAGCCCGACCGCGGAGCUGCAGCUGCCGCAGCGCUGCGGCGCAGUCAUACCACGGCUGCUAUCUCGCGCGCACAGCAGCAGCAGCAGCGGCUGGAGGAGCGAGGCGAGAUGGCGCAGACGACGCUGGUCAGGAGUCCGACACUGGGCCCGGCGGACGCCGCGCCCACUGCCACGAGGAGACGGCCACAACCGGCGCGUGUGGGCGGAGGCGUGGAUCUGAAAGUCGUCAUCCUUGGCGCUCAAGGCGUGGGCAAGACAUCCCUCGUGCAUCGCUACACGACGGGCCAGUUCUCAGCCUCGAGCAUCCCGAGCACGAUUGGCGCCAGCUUCCUGACGCAGAAGCUCGUGGUGGACGGCACCAAGGUGCGCCUGCAGCUGUGGGACACUGCGGGACAGGAGCGCUUCAGGAGCAUGGCGCCGAUGUACUAUCGUGGUAGCAACGCGGCAGUGAUCGUGUACGACAUCACCAACGAGGCCAGCUUCGCAGACGUCAAGACGUGGAUCGAGGAGCUGCGCAAGAACGUCUCGAAUGAUCUCGUCAUUCACGUCGUUGGCUCGAAGCUGGAUCUGGCGCCGUCGCAUCGACAAGUCUUCCUGGACGAGGCGCGCGAAGCGAUCGCGCAAUGGACGCAGCCGCCAGCCGCAGCUUCCAGUCUGCCACGGCGCGGCUCUCAAGAGACAACUCCACCAAGUGGCGCACUGGCACGCUCCUCAUCUCGCCUCGGGCUCGCCAGCCUGACACUGGGCGCCGGCUCGCGCCUCGGCUUCCCGCGCAACGUCUCGCAGCAGUCCGCUUCUACUCAGCGGGUGCCUGCAUCCGGCGCAUCAGCAGGCAGUGGCGGUUCGGGCUCGUCCGACGGCUCUCCUACGCCUUACCCCGGCGGCGGCGCUUCCGCCUCACCGCCAGGCUGGGAGUUCGUGGACGUCUCGGAAGUCAGCGCCAAGGCGGGAGAGGGCAUCGAAGACGUCUUUGUCUCGAUCGCCUCACGCUUGGUGGAGCGCAAGGCCGAGAUUGAAGAGGAGAGGAGAAGACGAGAGAGAGACUCGGUUCUGCUGCAGAAUGCUCCGACGCUUGGCGCAGACGAGGAAGCGGCGCAGGCUAGAGCCAAUGGCUGGACCUGCUGCUAGGCCGCUGGCCGGCCUAGCAGGCUUGCUCACUUGCCGCUGCCUCUCGUUCCUCGUCCUCUCACGGAAUACCCACCACUUCCAUCCGUCACGCUUCUGUCUCUCAACUCUUCGUCUUCUACUCGCGAGCUUUUAACGACACCCGAACGGCCGUGCCCUCGCAACAGGGCCGGUCGGCGACGACCUGAUCCGCGCGCCCUUCAUCCUCCGUCCCUCUCUCACACACGCCUUGUACCCGAGCUCGCGUUGCGCUGCAUACCUCUCCUGAUACACAAUCAUCAUUCCGUCAUCG